UAAAACAAAAAGGCUUUGCACUGGUUAUUUUAACCCCUUUCUGUCUACGAUAUACAUGUAUUUAGUAUUUAACCGAAGUGGAAUAAUAUUUAACAUUCAAUUUCAUUUAAAUGUAGAUUGAAAAGGACAGUUAUUAAAGAUUGAUUUUUAUGUGUAAAAAGUGGUCACUUGUAUUUUACAUCGUCUAGAUGUCAUCGAAGAAGGAACCCGGGGGUGGCUGGGGAUGGAUUAUCACACUCGCGUGUUUUAUUGAACAUAUUUUAUAUAUUGGAUCUAUAAAUACAUUGGGAAUUUACCAUGUUUAUAUUAUGGAUGAAUUUAACGAAGACAUUACGGCUGUUACAUUAAUUGGUGCAUUGUAUAUUUCAGUAUCAAUAUCUGGUGCAAUCUUUGCAGUUUUUUUAAAUGAAAAGUUUGGAGAGAGAUUGGUUAUAAUGUCCGGAGGAUUUUUAGUGUUCAUCGGCUACGCCUCCUCAUUCUUUGUGACGGCGUUUCCUGUAUUAUAUUUGACAAUGGCGAUUAUACCAGGAAUUGGAAUGUCAUUUUCGUAUUGCAGUUUAUUGGUAGCGGUAGACAAAUAUUUCACUGAACGCAAAUUUAUAGCAAUGUCUUUAGCAAUACUAGGUGGAUCUUUCGGCAUGGUAAUCAUGCCUAUUUUAGUUGAAUCUCUUUUACAAAAAUAUGGUUUCCAUGGUGCUAUACUUGUUCAUGCAGGGAUAUCGUUACAUGUAAUUGUCUGCGGGGCAGUCGUGUUUCCACUUCCGACAGAAAAUAUUUCCAGAAAAAGUAAAGCUAAUAAAAAAGUAGACAUGAAGUUUUGCAAAGAACCCAAAUUCAUUGUGUACCUCAUCACAAACUUUCUGUUUAUUCCUGCACAAUACAUUCCAGCUACUCAGCUACCGGAAACAGCUGUUUCAAUAGGAAUCGGUAUGGAUGAGAUUUCAUUGGUUGUGGCGAUGCUUGGUGUUGGAAGUGGAUUUGGACGCUUGUUCUUUGGUUUUCUAUCUCAUUGUUUUUUCAACCAUGUUGUAAAAUUCUGGAUUAUAUUCUUGGCAGGAAUGGGAUUGAUGCUGUUAAUGGUACCUUAUUCGACAAAAAUAGAACAAUUUCUAAUUUUUGCAGUUUUAUACGGAUUUUUUGACGGAGGAAACAAUGUAGGAUGGAAUCUUUCAUUGAAGAACCUUUUAGAGCCGCAGUAUUACGGCAGAGCUAUGAGUUUGGCUUUACUCGCGGAGGGCUUUGGGUGUGCAAUAGGAAACCCAUUAACAGCUUUUCUGAGAGAAACGACAGGAUCAGGCGGUAUACCAUAUUUUAUUGGAUGUGCUAUACUUUGUGUCAGUGCUGUUAUUUUAAUUCCAUUUUCAAAUGUGAAGCAAACAUUUCAAGAACAAGAAAUUAUAAUCUUUGACGAAUCAGAUUCCGAAUUAGAAAAAAUCAAAAUCCAUGAUGAUUGUUAUGAAGAAUAUAUUAAAAUAAAUGAAUCUACAUGUAUAUGCAAAACAGAUAUUAAUGAGAAAUAA